AAUAGGUAUAGCCUUUUGGGACUGAAAUUUUCAAUCAUUACAAAAAUUUAAAAAGCAAAUACUCUUUGACUCAGUAUUUACCCUUUUGGGAAUUUCUCCAAAAAGUUACUAAAAAAUAUGCACAGGCGUGCAUAAAAUGUUAUUUAUAUUAUUAUAAUAAUAGCAAAAACAAAGAAACAAUGUAAAUAUGCAUUGGGAAAAAAUUGAAAGUCUAUUGAUAAUGGUAUUUUGUCCAUACAACAAUGAAGCACAAUCCAAGAAGCUAUUUAUAAAAAUUUGACAACUUUACAAGACAUGAAGAGAAAAUUCACUAGGAUAUUUCUUAAGUAAAAAUAUGAUAGAAUAUUUUAUAGUUUCUUAAAUAUGUUCUUGAGAGGGGAUUAAGAGGAACUCUUUGUAUUUAUUAUCUUUUAUCUGCAUGGACAUUUUUUAAAAUGAUAACUAUGAUUUAUUCUAAAGGUGAACUGGGGAACUUGUAGAGAGGAAUACGAGGUAAUAUUACAUUUUAUAGUCUUAUUUUAAAUCAUUUACAAAGAACUUAUUUUAACUGUUCUGAAAAAAAAAACAAAUGAAGAAAAAGCACUGUUAUUAUCCCCACAUAAAAACCGCUCUAACAUUUACAUUAAACAUAGAAAUUCCAGAAGCCUUUCAUCUUUCUCUCAUUUCUUUCACUCUUUUUUCUUUGACAGCAUCUCCAUUUGUUGUUGCCCGGUCGGUUGCUCUAGCUAUGGGGAUCCAUUUCAUUGUGAUGGUGAUGAUAUGCAGCACCAUAAUCAUAAUAAACUCAUUAUCCAAUGAAGCAGCUCCAAUUUCUUUGAAUGAAACUUAUUGUGGUCCGUGUCCUCAAAACUGGAUAUGUUACAGAAACAACUGCUACCAAUUUUUUAGUGAGAAAAAAAGCUGGCUUCAGAGCCAAGCUUCUUGUAUGUCUCACAAUUCCAGUCUCCUGAAGAUAUAUAGCAAAGAAGAGCAGGAUUUCCUUAAACUGGUGAAGUCCUACCAUUGGAUGGGACUCAUACAAAAUCCAGCAAAUGGAUCCUGGCAGUGGGAAGAUGGCUCCAUUUUCUCUCCCAGUCAACUAACAUUGGUUGAAAUGGAGAAUGGAACCUGUGUGGUUUACGGAUCCAAUUUUAAAGGUUACACAGAAAACUGUUCGACUCCAAACACAUACAUCUGCAUGCAUGGGACUGUGUGAUGACUUUAUUGUUCAUAAAAUAUAAAGGAUCCAAAAACAAAAAUGCCAUUCUCUGAGUGUUUAUCAUGAAGAAAACAUCCAGAAGAAAAUUCCACCAAUAUUUAUAAUUUUUUUCACCUGACAUGCCACAAACCAUAAUCAGCUGCAAGCAAAGGCUAACAAUUAAAGACUUUAUCUUCUAUAACAUGUUUUGUAUAAUUUUUAAUUUAUUAAGUGAUGAACAAAUUAAUUCUUAAGUUUAAUAAACUGUUGAUAAUA